AUGGCAGCACCCGGCGCAGUGCUCUGCCUUUUGGAUGUUGAUGGGACCCUGACCACCCCACAGCAGAAAAUUACCAAAGAAAUGGAUGACUUCCUACAAAAAUUGAGGCAGAAGAUCAAAAUCGGAGUGGUGGGCACGUUGGACUUUGAGGAAGCACAGGAGCAACUGGGAAAUGAUGUGGUUGAAAAAUAUGAUUAUGUGUUUCCAGAAAAUGGCUUGGUAGCAUACCAAGAUGGGAAAUGCUCGUGUAAAUGGAAUAUUCAAAGUCACCUGGGUGAGGUCCUAAUCCAAGAUUUAAUCAACUAUUGUCUGAGCUGCAAUGCAAAAAUUAAACUCCUGAAGAAGAGGGGUACUUUCAUUGAAUUCUGA